CAAACCACUGAGCUAUAUCUCCCCCCAAACAGUGACUCCAUGUAGGGAGCAGGGGUUCAUGUAGAUGUAGGGGACCAUGACUGUCCAGCUUGUGGGAACAUGGCACUACCUGCAAAAAUGUAAAGACUAAAACUGGCUUGAUGCAAGGAAUAAAGGACUUGACUAGAAAAGCUGAUGGCAGUACAGAAUGAGGUCUGCCAAACCUCAUGACCUGGCUAAGGAAAGGGGUGUCCUAUUCUUUGCCGAGCUCUUUGAGCAUCAGCCUGUGUCACAGCUGCUAUAAUCACUAUGGAAAAAUGUUUGAUCAGCUGAAUGGCAGUGUUCACAAAGGUGCUAUGCUGCUGCAGGAAAUUCAGUAAGAAGCAUUCAAAGGUGCCUGUGCUUCACGGGUCUCCCAGUACAACUCCACAAGUAGAAUAUUCAGGCUCGUUUAUUAUCUUGCAAAACCUGGUAGGCUUGUUUCAGAUCUCCCCGGGGCGGCCAGCUUUGCAGCAGCGGAUGGCUUGGACGCUGGAUGAAAGAACUGUUUGGUCCUUAUGGGAGCCAAAAUUGCUGAGUGGAUGGCUCAAAUGACGUAUGAAAAAUGUUGUUAUGGUGGAGAUCCCCCCGGCUCACCUGGAACUGGAUUGGAAUCAAUAUCAACCUAAAAGUGAAAGGCUCUGUAAUUCAUUUACCUCAGCCGCCCACAAGCAAGCCAGCCAGCCUUCCUAAACUGGGGCCAGAUUGGAACUGGUGUUGUAAUAACCCUGUAUCCCAUUCCAUAGAGUCUGUUUUUGGACGUUUAUGACCAACAGCUUGGAGAGUAAAUAGUUUGGAGGAUCGGGGAGUACAAGUUGCCAAAGAAAACUUGAGUCAGCUUCCAUUCCCUUUCACGUUGUAGGGUUUUUCAAUAGCCCGUCAGUUACUUCUGUACGUUUUAUGAACAGAUAUUUCCAGUUUCUGACUCUCCUUGUGUCCAGUGCUCUGUGAAUAAUUAACUUGCUUUUUGCAAGUCAUAAAAAAUGUGUCCCAGAGAUCCUCAUCCAGUGCUGAAAUGCAGCCAUCUCUGGGCUGAAGCAUGGUAGCUGUUAACAACCACACAGCAAAGCUGCACAAAGAUCACUCAUCCAGCAAAAGUGCACCUGUCUCUGGGGUGGGGCAUGGCAUGGUGUGCAACAGUUUAGUGCAAGGAGAAAACCCAAUCCAGUUGAAAUCUAGGGAGACAGAAUGGAGUUAGCUGGUUUGGGCUAGACACGUUAGCAAACUCCAUCAUCCUAAUACUCUGACCUCCAGACUGGAAUGUGUCUGGUUCAAAAGAUGCCAUGGCAUUUCCCCGAAGAGUAUGAGCAUUAAAACCCUAGAUCAAGACUUUCAAAAUCGACCAAUGAGAUGCCCAACUUGAGGAACCUUAAAGGGGCCUGGUUUUCAGAAAGUGCUGAGCCACCUGGUUAUGAUGUGAUUCUUUGAUCUACGUCAGGGGUCGGCCCGCGUGCCAUAGGUUGCCUGCCCCCGAUCUACACAUUCCAAUCUGGGGGCUGGUCUGGAUUUAUUUCUGGAUGUUUUCUGGAAGGCUGGUCUUGCUGUUAAGCCAUUGAGUUAGGAUUUAGGGACUUGAGCAACCCACUUUCCCACCUCAUCAUGAUCAUAUGGCAACCCCCAUGAUGGGAUGGUUGAGAUAAUCAAGAGAACACUCCACGGUGAGUAAAGUGGACAUAGUUUCUGCUGUUAUUGGCUGAAGGCCUUCAACUGUAUUGUGACAUGUCUGUUGUGAGGUCAUCAAGGUGUAUGCAGAGGCUGCAGAGUGCAUUGAUCAAGAGAGGCAGCAGGAGGAACAGCUGCCACUUCUAGCCCAGCUGAGUGAGGGGGACCCAGGGAAUGGGGUACCACCAGCCCUGCUGAGAACUUGAUGCACCGAUGACGUUACUCACCCUGUUGAGGGAAACCUGCAUCAAAGAAGGGCUUACCACCAGCUCUGCUGAGGGGAAUUUUAUGAGAGGUUACCAGCCUAUGAAGAGAAUCCCUCUUGGGCAGAGUGUAACAUCAUGGAGAAGAAUUCACCCAAGCCUGCACUGAAACACCCAGCAAUUGGUAUCGACUUGGGCACCACCAAAUCCUGCGUGGGCCUCUUCCGAGACGGCAAGGUGGAAAUAAUUGGCAACAACCAGGGCAUCCGCACCACGCCCAGCUGCGUGGCCUUCACUGAGACGGGGAGGUUGAUCGGGGAUGAGGCAAAGAACCAGGCAGCCCUCAACUCUCCUAACAUCAUAUUCAGUGCCAAGCGCUUGAUUGGCCGAACGUCUGAAGACCCUGUUGUGCAGGCAGAUGCGGCGUUCUGGCCCUUCCAGAUAGUGAAAGCUGAAGGAAAGCCCCAGGUGCAGGUGUCCUACAAGGGAAAGGAGAAGGUUUUCUACCCAGAGGAGAUUUCUGCCAUGGUGCUGGGCAACUUGAAGGAGAUGGCUGAGGACUACCUGGGCCACCCCAUCACCCAUGCCAUUGUUACUGUGCCAGCCCACUUCAAUGACUCCCAGCGCCAGGCCACCAAAGACGCUGGGGCGAUCGCCGGCCUCAAGGUGUUGAGGAUCCUCAGUGAGACUACAGCUGCCGCCCUGGCCUACAGCCUAGACAACCCUAGCAAUGGAGAACACAACGUGCUUAUCUUUGACCUGGGCGGAGGAACCUUCAAUGUCUCCGUCCUCACCAUGGAUGGGGGCAUCCUCGAGGUGAAGGCCACCUCUGGGGACACCCAUCUGGGAGGGGAUGAUUUUGACAACUGCCUGGUGAGCUUCUUCAUAGACGAAUUCCUAAAGAAACAUCAGGAGGACAUCAGCAAGGACAGGAGGGCCGUGUGGAGGCUCAGGAGGGCUUGCGAGGCAGCCAAACGCACCCUGUCCUCCAACAUCAAAGCCAGUAUCGACUUGUACUGCCUGUACAAAGGGAUCGAUUUCCAUGCAGACAUCACCCGGGCCCAGUUCGAGGAGCUGUGUGCUGACCUCUUCCGAGGGACCCUGAAGCCCGUGGAGAGGGCGCUGCAGGAUGCAAAGCUGAGCCAAGUUCAGAUCCAUGAUGUUGUCCUGGUGGGCGCCUCCACACGCAUCCCCAAGAUCCAGGAACUGCUGCAGGAUUUCUUUGGCGGCCGGCAGCUGAACAAAAGCCUCAACCCGGAUGAAGCUGUCGCCUAUGGGGCAGCUGUUCAAGCCGCCAUCCUGAUCGGAGAGAGGUCAGAGGUCACGAGGGGCCUGCUCGCCCUGGAUGUGGUGUCCAUGUCUCUGGGGAUUGAGACGGAUGCAGGGAAGAUGCAUACCCUGAUCAGACGCAACACUGCCAUCCCUGCGGUGGUAACUCGGACCUUCACCACCUUCGAUGACCAUCAGCCUGACCUGCUCAUCCGGGCCUAUGAGGGGGAGAGAGCUACUGCCAAGGAGAACCACCUGCUUGGCCGUUUCCGUUUGAAGGACAUUUCCCCUGCCCCCCGUGGCAUGGUCUUGGUGGAGGCGACCUUCUAUAUUAACGCAGAUGGCAUCCUGACUGUGUUUGCCGUGGACAAAGUCGCCGGCAAUGCCAACCCCAUCGCUGUGGAUGCCAAUAAGGGGCGACUGAGCAGAGAGGAGAUACAGAAGUUAGCGGCGGAGGCUGAGAAAUACCGAGCUGAGGACAGGGCACAGAAAUGGAAAUUGGCCACCAAGAACUACCUUCAGUCCUGCGCUUUCAGCGUGAAGCGGACCUCGGAAGAUAUCCUUAACUACUUCACCUUGCAGGCCAAGAAGAAGGUGAUGGAGAAAUGUCAGCUGGCCUUCUCCUGGCUGAGUCCAACUGGAUGGCUGAAGAGGAGGAGGUCAGGCCCUAUGAAAAUGGUCUCGGGGAACUCCCUCCCAGGACUUAAACGCCUCAGUAACAGCACCACGGGCAUCAACAGAACAAAACCAAACAAGUUCGUGGUCACCACUUGCAGCUGGACUUUCCAGUUUACCCAAACUACCACUGUGAUCUACCCAUAGGAAGUCCUAGCAGGGACCACGGAAGCUAGGCUGGCUGGUUGCUGUUGAUUUACCUGGAUUUACCAUCUGAUAGAGCCAAUUCAUAAAUGGGACCCCUCCAUGAAUAACAGCCAUCGGUCUCAAUAAAUUCUGCUUCUCAUACAUGUCUGUACAGGUGCAUUUACUAAUUACUGGGCAAAUAGCACACUCCAUGGAGUGUAUGCCACAGAUGUAUUUGGGCUGCGAGGUUUAAAGGAGCCUAAGAGAGUUAGGUGCCAAAUCCCAUUGAACUUGACUGGGAGUUGGGCACUUAAUUUCCUUAAACUCCUCCAAAAUACUAGCCUUGGCGUCACAGUCUGUCAGUUGUAUAGGGACUUUUGAACAGGUUUGUGUGUUUAAUGUAGAACCUAUAGAAAAUGUCUCUUUUCCAAAGGAUAACCUAGAAAUUUCCAAAUUUUAGGGAGAGAUUCUAGUCUGUUAUGCUAGGGUAAAUCUGAAGUGACUCCAUUGAACCUAGCAGAGUAAGGAGCAGAUUCUGAUCUCAGUUACACUGGGGUAAAUCUGGAGUAACUCCAGUUAAGUCAAAAUGGUUAGGUACAGAUUUUGAUCCGCUACCCAGAUGUAAAUCUGUAUUGACUCCGGAGAUGCGUAUCUUUUCAGAUAUAUCCCCUCUUAUUUGUCUCCUCUGUAAUCUAAACAGCCUAUAUCUUUUAUAAACUGAUUGAGUGUCCAGACCUCCAAAACAAUUCCUUAGCUACUUACCUUUGGAUCUCUUCUUUAUAAAUAUAUCAAAGGGAUAAAUAUGAGGGA